AAAAUGUUUCAAGUAUAUAAAGUGAAAGCGAAACAAAGAUAUUUGUUAACUUUCUACGCUUUUUAACAAUUAAAAUAAGCGAAAAUGCAGUUUGAAUGUUGUAAAAGGAAAAGCGAAUAACAUGCGAAAUAUGUCAAAUGCCACGUUGUAUUCGAUGGACCAAUAAGGCUUCGGACGAUAUCGUAGUCCACGCGAUUGACGCGAUUAUCAAUAUACCAAUGGCUGCUAACGCUACUUAAUGUGUAUCGUGGUCGCCGGUCUCGUUUCUCGUAAAUUUCGUGGCAUAUUAAUCCUUCGUUUACGAUGAAGUAUAAACUUUAUGUUACAUUCCUGGUUGUAUUCGUUUUGAGCUUAGGCUAUGUCGCUUGUCAGUAUAGAACGAAAAACAAUCAAGGUUCCUCCUUAACGGAGCGCGUACAACAAUUGAUGGAAAUGGCUAUGAAGAGAUCAGUAUUGAAAUUCAAUGGACCAAAAUUUAAACAAUAUAUCAAAGCCACUCCGAGAAAUUAUUCUAUCAUAGUUAUGUUUACUGCUAUGGCACCUCAGAGGCAAUGUCAGAUUUGCAGACAUGCCAAUGAUGAAUUUAUGAUAGUAGCCAAUUCAUUUCGAUAUUCUCAGGUAUACUCCAACAAGUUAUUCUUUGUUUCUAUUGACUUUGACGAAGGAUCAGAUGUAUUUCAAUUGAUGAAGUUGAACACUGCGCCAGUGUACAUGCAUUUUCCACCUAAAGGUAAACCAAAGCCUGCUGAUACUAUGGAUAUCCAGAGAGUAGGAUUUGCCGCAGAAGCAAUAGCAAAAUGGAUUGGUGAACGUACGGAUAUUCAGAUCAGGGUAUUUAGACCACCAAAUUACUCUGGCACAGUAGCAGUAGUAAUGUUGUUAGUUCUGAUAGGAGGUUUCUUAUAUCUGAGACGUAACAACUUGGACUUUAUUUAUAACAAAACCAUAUGGGGACUUGGUGCUUUGUUUUUCAGUUUAACUAUGACAUCUGGACAAAUGUGGAAUCAUAUUAGAGGUCCACCUUUUAUCCACAAAGUACCAAAUGGAAAUGUAGCUUAUAUUCAUGGUUCCUCUCAAGGACAGUUUGUGUUAGAAACCUAUAUUGUUAUGGUUAUAAAUGGAGCAGUAGUAAUAGGAAUGAUUCUAAUGACUGAGGCUGCAGCUCGUAAAAGUGAUGUUAAAAAGCGCAGGAUAUUUGCUGUGAUAGGUUUGGGAAUAGUCGCAAUUUUCUUUAGUCUUCUUCUAUCAAUAUUUAGAAAUAAAGCUCAAGGCUAUCCAUAUAGCUUAUUAUUCAAAUAAUUAAAUGGAGAAAAAACAUUUUCAUACAUUUUUCAUUAUAAUGUCAAACAUUUGACAAUUUUGUAUGAAAUAGAAAAUCAAGAAGAUUUUACACAAAUAAAGGAUAAAAAAUUA